GAGAAGUAUCAGAUGGUUUAAUAUAGACAAAAUUAAGAAGAGAGCUAGCUCUAUUUCACACCAUUUUGCUGUGAAUAUAAGUUCUUUUUGCUGUAGAAGUAUAAAUCAUCUCCAGGUGAAAGAAAAGGAGUUUGUACUAGAAAACAAAUUUGAUGAAUGACAUUUUAGAAAAUUAAGGAGACACCAGGGCAAAAUCUAUAUUAAUAGGUUUAUGCUGCAUAAACCCCUUCUCACAGACUCAAACCUUGAAGUUACCUCAUAACCCUUUGGUAUCAGCUCUGAUUUAAGGCUGAAACACCUAAUACCCAUGAGGAAAAGGAGAGAACUCAUGUACUGAGCAGUAAGGAACAUUAUGGCUCCUUAUGUUUGUAACCAUUAGGGAAAGAGAGAGGUAAAAAAUAUUUUUUGGGGGGAAUGGGGGAAGUACUAUAAAAUGGAGUACUCUCCCUGUUUCUCCUUUCAUUUUCUGAAGAGGAAGAUUGCUAGGAAAUGACAGGGAAUAGUCUAUCAGGACCCAAGGUAAAAAAAGAAAAAAAAUUUUAAGGAAAAUGCAAAAAUGGCAAAGUUAUAGAAGUAACAAAAACAUUUGAAGCAUGUUUGAAAGUAAAAAUCUGUAACAUUUCAGAGAUUAUUUUGAUUUGUAUUAAUUCAACUAAAGCAAAUUGGUCAUAUUUUCAAAUGACCUCUUUGGGUUAGAGUUCUUGCUAGAAAAAAAAUCAAAAUGGGUUCUAUUAAUAAGACACAAUAAAUGGUUCUUAGGAUAAGAAAAUCUCUUUUGAUAUAUCUUAUUCUGUAAAUUUUCACUAUCUUAAUAUACUCCAUAAUCAUUAGUUUUGUCAGGGUUAUCAGUUCUCAAUUAUUCAGAGUUGUAAAUAUCCUCCCAGUCCCUUACCAUUUCACUCAUUAGCAUCUUUAGGGAGUGAUCAGAUAAGGAGUAAUAAAAACAGAUCAAAAUCUGUAUUUUUCAACUCUUCAGGUCUAUUAAAUAUGCUUUAUAGGGAGGGAAUGGAAUGGAGGAAACUAAGGCAUUUUAAAUGAGUCUUGCAUUUUCUUUAAGUUGCUUUUAGUUUAUCCAUUGUUAUUCUAAGAGCAAAACUUUGUAAGUAUAUCCCCCAAGACACCGAAAUAAAAAAGAUUUUACCUAGAAAUACAAAAGCCACAAAAUGUUAAAAACUAAAAGGGACCUUUGAAAUCAUCUCCAAUUCUCUGUUUUUACAUACGAGAAAGUGAAUUCAUAUCAAGUUUAAAAAAUAAAAUGAAGCAAGGAACUUUUUUGAUUCUAAGGGGGGAAAAUAGUUUAUUCUUCUACACAGUUAAAGUCUGACUUAAAAUUCUCACACACACACACACUCCCAAAUAAUCAUUACAGAUUAAAAUACAUUACAGUUUAAGUAGUUCAAUGAAUUUUUUUUAAAUGACAAAAAUAAAACAUUUAAAUAUAACCCAUAUCUUAGAUACAGAAAUAAAUUAACAGCCUCCUAUAAUGGAGAGGGAAUUAACAACACCUGGAUUUAAGUUCCUCUUCUGAGAUAAAUUGAGGAUGUUAAGUUUAGAUGAGUCUCUUUCAAUGUCUCUUUGCCCUCCUUCCCCAUAGAUGACAAAUUGCAGAGAAGCAGCAGAAUUCAUAGGGAAAGGCAGUUUCCUUACACUGGAUUCCAUAAAUCAAUUAAUAAGACAUAAUGUAUGAUUCUCUGAAUAAGAAUAAGAAUUCUCACAAUAAGAAAUUACAGGUCAGGUUUUGUAGGAUUGGGAGGUCCCUUUGCCUGUGUAAUAUAUAGUCCAGCAGGAAGAAGGAACCCCAAGAUAUAUGUGGGAGGGGUCCUGGUGGAUUAUGAUGCGAAUUCACAGAAGAAGCUCAUACCGUAGGUUACGGCCAACAGAUCUUAUGAAUGUGAGGCAGAUUCUCCCAAAAUGGCCAAAAAGGGAUAUGAGUUGUAGCUGAUGAGGCCUGGAGAGGUACAGUCUAGAAAAGAUCCUGGGCUGUAAAGGCCACUAGUCCUAUGAAGUCAGCCUCAUGGAACUGUGAUAGCUAAGGAGGCUUAAACAAAUAUUUGUUCAAACUAUGGUGAGAAGAAAGUUCCUGGAAGAUAAAAAAUGAACCAGCUGGAUGCAACAAAGUCAGGAUUUUUAGUGUGCAUUGGUAUUUGCAUUUUUAUUUUCAUUUUUCUUUAUGUGAGGAAUACAACUCCAGAUGAACCAAAAGAAGAACCAGCCUACCCAGAAUCAACAGAGUGUGGCUUUUAUCCAGAUGAAAUAUGUUCAGCUCUUUUUGAGGGGAAAGGGGCUGCCCCUCAAAUUGGACAACUCUGUCAGCAAAACACUCAACAGACUGAAAUAACCCCUUGCCUAGGGACACCAGGCAGUUGUAACUGCUCUCUGAUUUUUCAGGGGCUACAUUUCAUUACAAGACCCCUGUCUACAGAAGAAGGGAAUUUCUCCUUGGCAUAUAUUAUAACCAUUCAUAAAGAGUUAGCGAUGUUUGUGAAGCUUCUCAGAGCUAUUUAUGUCCCUCAGAAUGUUUACUGCAUACACAUUGAUGAAAAAUCACCCCAAAAUUAUAAAACUGCAGUGAAAAACCUGGUUGACUGUUUUGAAAACAUCUUUAUUUCAUCAAAGAGAGAGACUGUGAUUUAUGGUGGAUUUUCAAGACUACAGGCAGAUAUUAACUGUAUGAAAGACCUAGUGAGCUCCACAUUUCAGUGGAAGUAUGUAAUAAACCUUUGUGGGCAGGAUUAUCCAAUCAAGACUAACAAAGAAAUCAUACAAUAUAUCAAAAGCAAAUGGAAUGGUAAAAAUAUGACCCCAGGAGUAAUUCAGCCUGCGCACAUGAAAUACAGGACACACCAAAGUUACAAAGAAUAUGUUCAUCAAGGAAAUGCUUAUGUUUAUCCAACUAAAAAAGAAAAAAAAGAUCCCCCACAUAAUUUAACAAUAUACUUUGGAAGUGCUUAUUAUGUACUCACUAGGCAGUUUGUUGAAUUUGCACUGACAGAUAUCAGGGCAAAAGACUUGCUUGAGUGGUCAAAAGAUACAUACAGUCCCGAUGAACAUUACUGGGUUACACUGAAUAGAUUAAGAGAUGCUCCAGGUGCUACACCAAAUGCUGACUGGGAAGGUCAUAUUCGAGCUAUUAAAUGGAAAGAUAUGGAAGGAAUUGUUCAUAAUGGUUGCAAAGGACAUUAUGUUCGAAAUAUCUGUGUGUAUGGAUUGGGAGAUCUGCAAUGGAUUAUUGAAUCCCCUCAUUUAUUCGCUAACAAAUUUGAGCUUGCAACAUAUCCACUUGUGAUGGAAUGCUUAGAGAGAAGAUAUAGACUUAAAGUACUAAAUCAGGCAGAGGUCCCUUCAGAAUCACAUUGGCAUUUACAAGAGACUUCCCAUUUUAAUAUGAAAAUAAAUAUUUGAUCAGCAAGUAAUACAUACUGUCAAGAAUAAAGAGAGAAACUAUCAAGCUUUCUAAUUCACUUUUUUAUUUUGAGUGCUGUUCCUUUAAUUACAAGGGAACACAGCUUUAAAUAAGAUGAAAUAAGUACAAAAAUAAUGAAAAUGUAGAUAUCCCCCAAUGAUAUACAGUUUAGGCCUAAAACCAUUAAAAGUUGAACAAUGGAUUUAGAAAUGCAGAAUGUUAUAUACUGAACUUUCAUAAAUUCAAAGAAAGCAAAGAAAAAGCAAAAUGUGCCAUUAUUUAUUGAAGAAAUUCUAAAAGUUCAAAUUGCUUCACAUGAUUCAUUGAAAACUAAAAUUACCCCUUAAUAUAGUUCUAGAAUAAUUAACAAGCAUUUACUAAAUAGUAAGCACUGGAAAUGUUCAAGAACAAAUCAAGGGAAAAUAAAGGCUGGAUAAAAUGAGAUCAUAUUUUAAAAUUCUAUGCUAUCUUACAGAAAAAAAAAAUAGACAUAUUUUCCCCCUCCAAUGAGGCAAUGGGGUUAAGUGACUUGGCCAGGGUCACACAACUAGGAAGUGUUAAGUGUCUGGGGACAGAUCUGAACUUGGGUCCUCCUGAGUUCAGGCUGGUAUUCCAUCCUCUGUGCUACCUCGCUGUCCCAAAAACUAUAUAUUUUAGAGUUCAUCUAUAGUUACUCUUAAUAGUAAAUCAAGCAACCUUAUAAGAUUGCUGAAUAUAAUGAAUAUUGUAUUUCUCUAAAAGAAAAAGGAAUCUAUUAUGGUAAACAGUCAUUAAGCAGCUUAUUGUUUAUCUCAAGAUUGUCAACUAACCAUUUAAUAUCACUAUUUGGUCUGAAUCAUUCUCCAAAUCAAUGAUGGAUAUUUAACCAAUGGCUAUCUCUCUCUUGAGGAGAUAAAGUUAUAAAGUAUCUUUCCUCCAAAAGAGUUCAAAGUAACUCAGAACAACAAAAACUGAAUCUGUGCGCGCGCGCACGUGUGUGUGUGUGUGUGUGUGUGUGUGUGUGUGUGUAAUACAGUAACAACACAAGGAAAAACAAUAAAGAAAAUAAGGAAAGAACCAAGACCAAGUGGUAUUGAAAAGGAAGGGCAUCAUAGAAAAACAUAUGAAAUAUAAGCAAAUUAUGAAAGCCCUCAAAGCUACCCAAAGUGGUAGCAGAAAUAUUAAGACAUUGCCCUUGAAAGCUAGUUGAAGAAAACAGAAUAAUCUACUAAAUGAAGAAAAAUGGGUAACACAACAGAUGAACAAAAACUCCUUUUAUAUCUUCCGAGGUAAAGAAUACAACCCUGUAUUUUCUGUUAUACAAAGAAAUAGGGAAAAUGAAUUUUAAAAUUAAGAAUAUUAGAGCAGAACAGAUUCCUAAGAGAUCGAAUCCAAUGUCCAAAUUUUAGAGAUGAAGAAAUUAAAAUCCAGAAAGGUUAAAAGUCAUAUUGCCUAAGGUUGUACCAGAUUAAUAAGCAAAAAUGAGAUGAAAAAUCUGGUCUUCUAACAUGUUGUCCUCAAGCAUUUUUCCCUGCUUCCCAAUGUCUUUCAGCUGAUAUAGUGUUCUACUGAGGGCACAGUUUGACUUAAGACUACAAAAGCCUUUUUCUUUUUAAAGAAUGAUGCUCAGACUACUAAGAGAAUUAAUAAUUCUACUUACUAAUUAGAACAUAGCAGAAAAUAAUUAAGUAUUUUCUGAAGUGCAGCUAUAAGCAGAGGUAAGUGAAUUCAUAAAAUUAAUGAAAAAUAAGCAUUGAAUAUUAUGCAAAAGUACAAUAAAUACUAUUAAAAGGACUCUGUGUUAAAUAGUUUCAGGGUUUUUUGGACAUUCUUCUAUGGUUAGCUAGGUGAGCUUGAAAGAAAUGCCAGUUUCUAUUUUGCUUUGAAAAUAUAUCAUGGAUCCAUAUAAAAUAAAUGUGUCAUUUAUUUUUGUUACUGGAAAAAAAUAGGACUUGAAUAGUUAACAGACAAUAUGGCUCUGGAAGUAUUAUUUAGGAUAAUCACAAACUCAGACUCGUAAAGAACGGGUGAAGCAAGAUGAUCAUCAUGCCCUUGGAUAAUAAUAUUCACUACAGAACCUGGAAAUUAGAAUAAACUUUACAAUGUGCAAUGAA